AUCAGAAUAUGGGGGUGAACAGGAUGCAUUCUCAUAGGGGUAUCCAGUUCCAAGAGGUUGAAUCAGAUGACACAAACACAAACAGUAGAUAAUUUUAACCUUGCAGCCCUGGCUCACAGAAGGACAGAAAUAAUUCCUCAUUACUAGUGUAGCUAUGGAUGUGCUCUUUGGAUGGAGGUACACUUGGGAACCUAGCAAGAAUGAAAGGAAAGCCAGUAAAAAGGAGAAGAAACCAGUUAUAGAAGAGAAAAAGGAGUAUUUGGACCAGCAGUAUGUACAGGCAGCAAUCACAGACCAGGACUUGAGAAUAAUAGUCAGGUUACCAGAGGGAAUCGACCAGGAUGAGUGGUUAGCUACCAACACAAUAUCAUUUUUCCAUAAUAUCAACCUGCUGUACAGCACAAUAUCAGAGUACUGCACCAGCUCAACGUGUCCCAACAUGUCAGGCCCAGGAAACACGCAAUACACUUGGUAUGACGAAAAGGGGAAAAAGACGAAAUGUUCUGCAGCACAAUAUGUAGACUAUGUGAUGUCUUUCAUGGACAAGCACAUCACCGACGAAUCUGUCUUCCCUACAAAAUUUGGCCACACCUUCCCCAACGGUUUUGAGGCAACAGUGAAGAAGUUCUUCAGGUUGCUGCUGCAUGUGAUCGCCCACAUCUACCACGCCCACUACCGGGAGCUGGUGCACCUGGACGUCCAUGCACACAUGAACUCUGCCUUCGCACAUUUUAUCCUCUUCACCCACCAAUUUAGACUGAUCGACCCGAAGGAGACUGUCGUAUUAGAUGAUCUAGUAGAAGCCAUGCACAUUUUCCCCUCAGAAAAGGACGAUGUUCAAGACUCAGAAAAGCAAGAUGCGAAGGAGUCGUCGUGAGGAGUUCUGGAGAAGGGGGAGGGGGGCAUGAUGUACCAGGCCGACUGCUGCUUCUCCAUGUACACUUGUGCCUCCUGUGGUGGUGUCAAAACGCUUCUGGCGGACAGAACCAUGUUGGAUAAGGAGGGGUGGAAGGGUGGCAGUGGAUUUUAAGUAGGGGAAGGGACAUGCUACUGCUCUAGUUGCAAUACUUCAUCAGAGCUACGUGUGUGUAUUAGGAAUAUGGCCUGGCAACUAACAAAAGUAUAGAAGUUCACGUCUGUAGUGACCAGACUGUAGGCAUGCCCAUUGCACAGAUCUCUGCAGCAUUGCUGCUCCACAAAAUGAUGACAACAGUCUUGUCACUUUAAAAAUACUAGCAUUGCUCUACUGCAUGGUCAUGAGGCUAGUGCCACCUAGGGAUGCUGGAUGGAGCUGCAGCAAAGCUAUUUCCCAGGGCUUCUCUCUAUGGCUUGGUGACAGGAAAAAAGUGUCAACCUAAAGACACAUCAUAGAACCUUCUGUCAGGUGAACAGAGGCAUAAAAUUAACUAUUUUUUCUUUGCAGUACAAAGUGUAUAUGUUUGUGACUAUCCUGAGAGAGUCCACAUUAGUAAGGUGAGAAGUUUAACAUAGGGCAUGAAAUGGUAAAGACAUCUCAGAAAAAUGCACAAGAGUUGGAAUUACAUAUAUGGACUGAACAGACUGUUGCAUGGGUACAGGUCUCUACAUUACCAUACAAACAACAAAACAGUCCCAGGUAAGUUUGGAUAAUGGCACCAGACUGGACAGAAUACCCACUUUGGUUCAUACAGAUUAGCCUUAUAUUGACAUGUUAGUUACAAUUUUUUGCAGUCAAUGAUAUUAGUCUAUUUGCAUCAUAAUUAUGACUUGAGGGUGGAGCUGGUAGGGCUUUGGGCCAGACUUGCCUCAGCAGGGUUGAGUGAGAACAUGACCCCAGGUAUUAGGUCAUGACCCCAGGUUAGAGGUCAUGAUCCAAGAUGUUACAGCAUGACCCCAGGUGGGAGGUCAUGACCCUAGAUGUGCAGCAGGGAAUGAUGAUGUUGCUUAUGGUCAAUCUAUGUAUUAGUUUGUUAUAUAUGAAUAUAUAUGUAUGUGUAGAAAGGGACAAUUUUUGCUAUUCUUUAUCCUAAGGGAAAUGUUUUCUGUUUUUUAAGAUGAAAGGUUCACUGUGUAACAUUGUGAGGUGUAGAAGGCGGACAUACAUGUACACGUACUUCAAUGCUUACAGUUUGCCCCCAUGAACAAGUGAAAGUACUUGUGUAGGUAUACUCUGGUGCAAUGUCAGGGUUCCACAAGUUGUUUAGUCAAUGGGGGAUCUUUUCAUAGCACUGAGUAUAUCCUUGGUAUGGUUUAAACCACAUAGGUGAAUUGUUCCAAAACUUGCAGUCUUGCAGUACACAGUACAACAAAUGUUACACAGGGUACCUUUAAUUCUGGUGAAGCCAAAUAUACUGUCAAUCAUGAAACUUAAGUGGUGGUUUUAUUUCGUGGUAGGAGGGAAAGGGAGAUUUUCUUGUUGAUACAAGUCUAGUACAUAGUCAUACAAGGAAAACAUACUUGCAGUCUCAUGAAUUUGUGUUGAAAAAGUCACCGCAAAAAACACAAAACUAAAACCACAGCAAAAGUUUCAAGAUUCACAGUACUUUAAAGGAACUGGUCAAGGACCAUAGCAUGACUCUCACCUUGAAGACUUCAUUUCUGGAAUGAAUAAUACGGCAGUUCCCAAGCAGUUCUCUGUUCAUCUCUGGAAGUUAAGCUGAUUUUUAAACCAAAAUAUUAAACUUGCCGACAAUCUGUGUUCACACCAAUCAGACCAUGUCACCGGGAAUCCAGAGAAGGGGCUGCACUAAUUGCCUCCAUAGAGGUGAUUAGUACAGCCCCUAUUGGGAAUGCAUGAAGAACUGAGAACUAGAUCUGAGGAUCCAAACUGAAUGUGUCCAAUCUACAAGUUGACUCUUCCAAGUGAAAGUCACACUGAAGUCCAAGACCUAGUCCCUUUAUGCUUGUUGGUGCUUAUAUUUUUUAUGUAUAUUUAAAUGGCAGGAGGACAUUUUCAGUCCAGUCUACAUUCAACACAAUCUUGAUGUCCAUGUGUGCUACAUAACAUAAAAGAAUUAUGGCAGGAAAAA